AUGAAUUUGAUAAAUUAAAAAAUAGUUAAGGCAGGAUUGAUUGGUUUUAUUGGCUUCACCUUAAUAGCCUAAUAAUAAUAAUACAAUUGAUUUAAAUGUGCUGCUCCCUAUUUUUCAUUCAUUUCUCAUACAGAAUUAUAAUAAUUUCGUCUGAGGUUCCCCAGUCUCUAUGUAUUAGAUAAAUUUCAAGUUGAACAUAUAUUAAGUGUAAUACGCAAUAAAACAACUCAAACUAAAGUAGAAUAAUAAGUCAUUUUAGGAUUUUAGAUUAUAUUCUGAUCGAUUAAUUAGAUUAGAAAAAAGUGUGUCAGAACACAAUAAAAAAAUAUUGCCUUAAGAAGGAUAAUAGACUUAAUAAUAAAAAGAAUAAGUGAUAAACUUUGAACAUAAUUAAUUUUGUGUAGUAGUAAUGAUAAGAUCUGGAAAUGCAUUUAUGGGUGAGGCUCUAAAAGUGCUUCCAGGUACAUCAAUUGAAUUCAUCUUAGUUUAGGAACAUCCUUAGACUAAAGAUGCAUAAUUAAUUUAUUGUAAAUUACCAGAUGACAUAGAUUAAAAAUAGGUAUAUAUAUAAAAUUAAAAUUAGGUAAUUCUUACAGAUUCUAUGAUUACAACUGGGGUAGAAUCACUACUGCAAUAAAGGCAUUGUUAUCAAAUUGAGUUAAUUAAGAUAAUAUUACAGCAGUUAACAUACUUUCAAUAAUUAAAUUAAUUAAUUGGUUAAUCAAAAUAUUUUUAGAUUCUACAAUAGUUUCAUGUGAAAAAGGUCUAUCAAAAGUGCUUCAUUAAUUUCCUAAAGUGAAAGUAAUUACUGCAGGAGUGGAUCAUGCAUUAAAUACUAUUCAAGAUCUACGUUUCCCAGGAGUAGGUGAUUUUGGUGAUAGAUACUUUGGAACUGUAGAUCAAUACUGA